AUGAGGGACCAUGUGGACGCGGACGCGAAACCUGAAGAUCAGGAGCAGGGAGACGCAGACGGAGAAGCCGAUGAAGACGAAAGAGGUGGCUCGGGGCAUUCCCCCAAAGGGCUCAAACGCGCUAGGGUCAAUGCCGAAGGCGAUUCGCGUCCUACUGGUGGUACCUCCAAAAUUGAGAGGGUGACUCUACCCCGUGAUGUCGAUGGCUACGUCCCGGGCUCCAUCGUUCGUAUCAAGCUCGAGAACUUCUUGACCUACGACUGGGUUGAGUUCUCCCCCGGCCCCUACCUCAAUAUGAUCCUGGGUCCUAAUGGUACUGGAAAGAGCUCCAUUGCAUGUGCAAUCUGCUUGGGGUUGAAUUUUCCGCCCGCUCUUCUCAACCGCGCCCAAGACGUCAAGUCGUUCGUGAAGAGCGAUAAGGAGAAGGGGUACAUCGAGAUAGAGCUCAAAGGCGAGCGCAAGAAGGGCAAUAUCGUUAUCAGGCGGACACUCGAAGCCGCGAACAAGAAGUCCAACUUCUUCAUCAACGACCGGAAAUGCAGCGCGGCGGACGUUAGCACCGAGGUUGAACGCCUUAAUGUUCAGGUCAACAACCUAUGUACCUUCUUGCCGCAAGACCGAGUGGCCGAGUUUGCUCGGAUGACUCCGCAACAACUCCUCCGCGAGACCCAACGUGCCGCUGGCAGCCCGAAUCUAUCAAACUGGCACGAUACGUUGAUUGGAUCUGGCAAGGAACUCCGGCAGAUCCAAGAGCGCGUGAACGAGGAUCGCGAACAGCUCAAUAAUCUCGAGGGACGCAACGCCGAGCUGCAGAAACAGGUCAAGCUUUAUCAAGAGCGCCAGACCCUGGAGAAACGCAUUGAGCUCCUGUCUGUCAUCGUGCCGUUCACUUCGUACUACGAAGCUCGUGACAAGUACUAUGCGAUGAAGCCGGUGUACCGGAAGAUCACGGACGACCUGAAAGACAUGCAAGCACGACAUGCCCCUUAUACAGCAAUGCAGCAGGCAUUGGUGGAAGAAGUCAGGAAAUGCGAAGCCACCAGAGACGCCCUGAAGCGAGCAACGAAGGCCAGGGUUAACGCGAUGACAACGAAGUGGGCCGAAAAUGACCCAUUGGAACGCGAGGCGGAAAGCAUCAAGAACAGACUAGACAAUCUGAAGAAGCAGGACAAGCAACGACAGAGCGACAUCAAGAAGUAUGAGCGGAUGAUUGAUGAGGGCACUAAACGACUUGCAGAACCGUUGGACAUGGAGGACGUUGAAGAGCUGACCAAACAACUUAAAGAGCUGAAUCUGAAGCACCGAGACAUAAAAGAACGCAACUUCGAUAUUCAAGAGGCUCAGAAACAGGUUGCGCAGAAGUAUGGUCAGUGCCAGGCCGCUGUUGAUGGGCUCACUCGGCAAAUAUCUCAACUCGAUAGCGUAAAGCAUCAGAAGCUGCAGAAUCUCGCAAAAACCGAAUCUGACGCAGCGGCGGUCGUCGAGUGGCUUCGCAGCAACAGGCAUCGGUUCAAGAUGGAAGUUUUCGAGCCCGCAGCCCUUUCCGUGAAUGUCCCGAACCGGCACUACGCCGACGCUGUUGAGGCGUGCUUCAGUUUCGCGCAAUUGCGUACCUUCGUCUGCCAAUGUCUUGAAGACUAUAAGACCCUCAACCGAGUCUGUGUCGACACUCCGGAAGCUCUCGGGCGAACAGUGCGCAUCAACACGUGGUAUCUGCCCGUUGACAUGAAUCGCCUCGCGCCGCCGCCUGCUUCUCCCGAGGACCUGCGCGCCCUCGGGUUCGAUGGCUACGCAAUUGACUUCAUCGACUGCCCAGAAGGCCUCAAGGGGUACCUCUAUGCCGAAGUGAAGCUCCAUCGCACGGCAAUUGCGGUGCAGAACCCACGAGCUGUGGACGGCAACCGCGCGAUGCAUAUGGCCGAACAGGCCAACGGCGCUAACUACAUCAUCGGCCGGCUCAUGAACCAGGUCCGGCGGUCAAACUAUGGUCAGCGGCUCGCACAGAACUCUACGCGUGAGAUUCCGCAGGCGCGCUCGUUGGUCGGCACUGUCGUCGACCCGGCGGUCAAGCGACAGCUCCAGGAGAAGCUCUCCGAGUCCCAGAGCAACAUGGAAGUCGUUAGGCAAGAGGAACAGGAGCUUGCAGCCAAGGAGAAGCAAGUGCGCGCAGACGAACGGGAUUACAGGGCGGAAUUCGGCAUCUCGGGAACUGAAGCUGAGCACGUUGUUUCACUCGUUUCACCCGUCCUGACGCUGACCGUCUCCGCAGAGGAAGACAAGACCAAGCUGGAUAAGCUGAAGAAGGCGCCACCGGUCGACCAAGAGCGCGCAAGGCUCAAGCAGCAGAUGCUCACCCUCGCGAACAAACGCGUCACCCUCAUCAGGGCCUACGCCAGCUUGAGACGAGCGCUUAUCACUGACUACGAGGCGGCGACCAAAGCCGGACUGGAGGCUGCGCAAGUACUGGCCAAGAAGUCGGCUCUCGAGGUCAAGUGUCAGGAGCAGAAGGAAGAAUUGGAGCGUGCUACGGCGAAUUGGGCCGAGAUGCGACAAAAGUAUACCAAGGCGAAGGAGGAAACUCUCACUCGCCUGCAAUUCAGCAAAGACAAGCUCAGCGAGAGCAGCGACGAGACGAAGGAGAAGUUCAAGGUGAUGGAUGAGGCCAACGAAGUGGUCGCCCGGUCAUCGGAAGAAUGGAUGGCCGAGCUUGCUCAGUGCGAGGAGGAGCUGAACCUGAACACUUGCACGAACGGCGGCAUCGUCGACCAGUACAACCGCCGCAAAGUCGAGAUCGAGCGGCUCACGGAGACGAUUGAAGAACGUGAGCGCCGCGCCGCGCACAUCGACGGCCAGAUCACGGCCGCGCGCGAGCACUGGCAGCCGGCGCUCGAGCGGCUUGUCGAGAGCAUCGGGAAGAAGUUCUCUGGCGCGUUCGACCGGAUCGGGUGCGCGGGCGAGAUUCGGAUCAGGGAGGACGAGGACUACGAGAAGUGGGCGAUCGACAUCAUGGUCAAGUUCCGCGACAGUGAGAAGCUGCAGCUGCUCACGGGCGAGCGGCAGUCUGGUGGAGAACGGUCCCUUACUACGAUCCUCUACCUGAUGUCGCUCACCGAGGAGGCCCGCGCGCCGUUCUCGCUCGUCGACGAGAUCAACCAGGGCAUGGAUCAGCGCGCCGAGCGCGCGGUACACAACGCGCUCGUUGAGGUCACCUGCCAGGCCGACUCGGGGCAGUACUUCCUCAUCACCCCCAAGCUGCUCCCCGACCUCCGCUACCACGAGCGCAUGCGCAUUCUCUGCGUCAACAACGGCGAGUGGCUCCCCGACACCGACUCGCCGGGCAUGGGCAACCUGAAUGGCCUGAUCGAUAAGUUCCUGUUCAAGCGGAACGGGGGUCAGGCUGCGGCGUAG